AUGGCUCAUAAGAGUAACAUGGCUGUGCCAUCUUAUGGCACUGUUAGUAGUUCAAAUUUUCAGAACCGUUUUGCUACUUCUUUUUCUAACCCUCAAAAUGCUGCAAGUGGGCCUGCUACUGGUAGAGCGGCACCGCUUUCUGGUUUUCCAAUAUCACCAUCACUGUCACCUUUUGAUACUCUGCUACUACUGCUCAACUCUCCUUUGAGCGAGUCUACUACUGCUCAACGCUUUCCUUUGAGAGAUGCUAAUGCUACUACUGCUCAACGCUUUCCUUUGAGAGAUGCUAAUGCUACUACUGCUCAACUCUCUCCUUCGAGAGAUGCUAAUGCUACUCCUGCUCAACUCCUUCCUUUCAGAGAUGCUAAUGCUACUACUGCUCAACUCUUUCCUUUGGGAGAUGCUAAUGCUACUACUGUUCAACUCUUUCCUUUCAGAGAUCCUACCCCAGCUGAGGAAGAAGAUCAAGGAUGUUGUUUCUAA